CAAGCUCUUAUGUUUGUUGUUCAUCCCCAAAAAAGCUUAAUAAAAAAAUAAUCGUUUCUCUGUGAAGAAGACGACGACGGAAGAGGAGACCUAGCUUAGCCGACGAUUUCUUUAUUAAUUUUCUUAGUCUGAGAUUUCUCCGGCGACGAGACCUAGAUUCAUCGAUCUCUCGUUCUUGUGGCUUUUAAAUCGUCUAAGACUUUAAGACGCUGGAUUUAAAAUCCGAGAAGAGUCGUUUGAUAAUAACCGGAUUUGAUUCGAGCGGUAGAUAGUGAAAAUACGGCGGAGGAGUUGAUCGGAUCUCGGUGGUGGUGUGAUUCUGUAUAUUGAGUGAGGAGGAGGAGGAGAAUAUAAAGUAGGUGGACUCAGGUAUAUGAAAACCCUAAGUUCUUUGAUUACUACUGCUCUUUGUUUUUGGUUCAAUGAAGGAGAGAUCUGUUUGCUUAUGGACGUCAAUGUCGGCUGCGAUACGCUUCGAAUCUUCUUUUGGCCAUGGAAGAUCCCUUAGGUUCCUGCAAUUUCUUGGGAGAACGAAUUCUUUUUACCUCAGGAACUUAGUGGACAUGAGCCUUUACCCUUCUGAUUUGGCUCGUCUAUAUACGACCUUAUAUGAUAGAAUUAGGACACGAUGAUACUCUGAUUUCGAUGUGGUUCAAGUUUUUGGGGGGGGGGGGGAUGACAAUAAAGUCUAAUGGAUCUUUGGCAUCACACGGCCAUUCAAGUUUUUCCAGAAUCUUCGAUAUGGCCAAGGGCUUGCCUACAGUGAUCUGGAGUCGGAUUUUAUCGGACUAAAAACAUGAAUAAAUGUUUGUUUUGUAUGCUUUUAAUGCCAAAAAAAAAACGCUUGUGGAGGUUUUUUUCAGACUUAUAGCGCAAUCUGUCUUAAGGUGAGGUAAGUGUUUAUAAAAUAAAAAUCAAGUUUUGUGGGAGUGGAUGAGAGUGUAUUGAAGCAUGACAAGCAAUAACGGUGCAGAGCUUCCUUGGAAAAAGGUGGCUAAAGGUAGCAGAAGUUUAACAAGGCGUAGCAAGAAACCAGUUGUACGUGUUCCAGCCUCAGGUAUUGAGGCAGAAGCCAAGAGUUCAACAGCCACUGUGGCAGGAAAACCAAAGCCUGAAAAGCUUGGCGUUUCUGUUCUAGGUCAGCAUUUCGCUGAAAGAGUAGAGCAUGUUCCGAUAAAGAAACGGAGAUUUAUUGUUCGCUCUCCGUCACCAUCAAAGAGGCCUUCUACUCAACGUGAAGGCUCAGAACAUAAGGCGCAGAUCAACCAUGCUUUGCCUGUUUCGAGAUUAAACCCUAAUUUAAUUUCAGACGUCCGUGAUGAAAAGCCUGAUUGUAGUGAUCAUGACUUUUCUGGUAUCAAGAUACUUGCUGAUGCUGCUUGCAGUGCUGACGUGAGUAAUGAUUUUGCACCAGCUGUAGACUGCCUGCCUGCUGAAGAAUCUGUUGUUCAGCAACAAGAUACAUUGACCAUAUCAACUCAUGUUGAAGGUAACGAUUCAUCAGCUGGUACUGCUGAUGUCUCGCAUACCGCGGUUGAUUCCGGUGAUCAGACUGGGCAAGGCAAGAGCAAUAUUGUAGCGCCUCAGAAAUAUCCUCUAACAAAUUUGUGCAAAGAGUUGGCUGAUGAGCAGAGUGUAGAGCACAGCAGAGUGACCUCUGGAGGGAUGAUAGCACCUAAAAAAACUAGCAUUGCUCUUUCAAAUGAAUCCUCAACAGAAAGACCGAAAGCUAAUGUAGAAGCAGGUGAAAGUGAAACUUUAGCACCUGAUAGUGGAGCUGUAACGGUGUCAGAGAAAUCAUCAGCCGUUGAGCCAACUGAAAAGAACAAUGAAGGCCUUAAAGAUGUUAAAUUCCACUGGGAUUUAAAUUUUCCUUGUGAUGUAGAAGAUGAAGCCUCUGGAAGAGAUCUAGAGGGAGAAAUCACAGAGUCUAUUGCCCCUAAAGAGAGCGAACGUUUUGAUGGAAGUAAGGACAGUAUGGAUGGGGUAAUUGCAUCAGAUGAACAUACAAAAUUUUCAUCACCAUCUGGGCCUAAUACUGAAGCAGCUGCUACAAAUGACAAGGAGUGCCAAUCUGGUUAUGACUCCCAGUUUGAGGAUGGAGAGUUGAGGGAACCAUACCCUUGGGAAGAAAUUGGAGAGGUUGAACAGUUGGAUUACGGGUCUGAGCCAGAGAAUGAGAGAUUCUACUCUAUGGAUUCUGAGAAGGGAAUCUUGGCAGACAAGAAUUUCAGACAUGUUAAGUGUGAAUCUGGUGAUGCACUGAGAAUUGGGCAGGCUAAUGAAGCGAGUGACAUAGAGAAGCAAGUUGUUGUAAACAUGAGCGAUUCACAUCCUAAGAAGGGCUCUUCUUCUCCUUCAAGGAGUUUUGGUUCAAAACCAUACAAGGAGGUGCCUUCACAUGAUGCCAUCCAGAGGAGAAGGCCUGAUACUUAUGAAGAGGUGAGCACGGGUCCAGAUAGGUUUGCUGGGAGAGACGACAGGUCAGGGAUGCGUAUGCGUAAUAAGAGUCCUCGGAGAGGGUAUUUUAAUGGUUGGGAUUCCAAACGACGCUUCUCCCCACCUAAUUACAAAGAUGGUUCCUAUGGUUCCGGGCGUCCAUGGCCUAAAAGAAUGGCAGAUGAUCGAGGUAUGAUGAACAACGGCUUUGAUGAAUCAGGGUCAGGACCAGGACCAGAACCAGAUGGUUAUGUACGUAGGCAAUUCUCAAAUGGUGGAUACAGAGGUCGGUUUAAGAGAUUCCCAGAUGGUGGGGAUCGUAAAUUCAGGGGCCCACACAGUGAUACCAACCAAUUUCCUGGUCGGAUGCAGAACCGGAUGAGUGGUAAUAGGAGAGAGAGAGGUGGCUCUCCGGUCCUGAGGAGAUUGCACUACCCGCAAUCAGAGUCAAGAUCCAGAAGCCGUUCUCCAGUCUCGUGGAAUAGCCGUAACAGAUCAUCUCCUCCUCCUCCAGGUGGGUUAAGAGCAGAUGAGAGGACGACGGAAAGAGUGAGGUUGCCUUUCCAGAAACGGUUUCCUGCAGAUCAGGAGAUGGGUUACAUGUCACCUCCGAGAAACAGAAUGUCGUCGCCGAGGUUCUUUGAAGGGAGGAAUAAUGAUACUGGAGAGAAUCAUAAUAGCUUCAGGGAAAGGAAGUUCCGGCCUGGACAGAGAUUUGAUGUCGGAAAUUCUGGAGACAAUGAUGAUGCUGGAGAGAAUCAUAAUAGCUUCAGGGAAAGGAAGUUCCGGCCUGGACAGAGAUUUGAUGUCGGACAUUCUAUGAGAAGACCGAAUUCUGACAACAACAACUUGAGACCAUUUAUUCGGAACAGAAGAUUUGAAGGCGCGGAAGAGAACACUGGUCGGAACAGGUUUGAGAUGGCUCAGCAGCGGAGGACUCGGCGGUCUGAGGCCACAGAAGAGGGAGGUGAUGAUAUUCGACGGUUCAAGUUUAAUGAAGAACAACCAGUGGUGGUAGCCAACAACGACAACAACAACAAAGAGUCAUGAUAACAGAUAACGUAAGAGACUCAUUUUUGGUUUUUUCCAAUAGAAUCUCUCUUAUGUUAGUUUAGUUUUGUUUGUUAUGUUUGUUAUCGUAAUUUUAAGACAUCGGUUUAGGAAGAGGGAAGAAAAAUGCCAUGGCGUCGUCAUCUGUUACUUUUAUGACUCUGCUCUGGUGUUUUUGUUUUCUUCUUUUUUUCUUCUUUUUUUUCAAAUUUCUCAUUUUCUUUCUACAGAGGGUUUUAGGGGUUUCUAGGUUUUAAUAGUUGCUGGUUUCCUUUUCUGGAAAUGAUUUCUAUAUUUGUAGAAAACCAACAAAAUGAAAUCAAAUAUCUUUUUUUUCUUACCA